AAUUCAAAAGAAGGUAAAUAUUCACCUCUUAUUUCAUGUCCAACGUAUAAAUAAUUUUAAAAAAUUUUGUUUAAUCACGCGAUCACCUGUUUUCAAGAUUUAGUUAAUGUGUAAAUAGAAGUAAAAAUACCGAGUGGAGAUUAGCUGGAGGGUGGUCUAAUACGCAGUCAAAUGUAAUUCCCAUGAUUCUGCCAAUUGAUUUGAGAGUAUCUGGGAGUCGACGAGGAUGGUUAUUAACAUCAAUCUGGAAUCCAUUCAAGUAAGAAAAUGAGGGAGAACGAACGAUCCCUCACAGAAGUGUGCCGAUGGAGUACUGAUGGAUGAGAUUGAAAAAAACGACUUAAAUCGAGCAACCAAUAGAGUGUCCAUCCGUACGUCUGUUCCUCAAGUAACCCGAAGCAAGCCUCAACUCUCAGAAAAUGAUCAACCAGGGUCAAUGGCGCGUUUUUUAUCGCUGGCGCAGACGAAAGAAAAUAUCGGCACGUGUCAACAGACAAGUUGCGAAAGCACACUUCGCCUAGAAGACAAAGUACACUCGGAAGUGAAACCAAUAAAAAGCACCAUCCUCAAAGGCAAACCUGCUCAUGCCAAUAGUUCUGCUGAUAACACGUCGAAAAAUUCGCAGGAUGUGAGUCGAUCAAAAUCUGAAGACACUUAUACUCCCACAUCAGUCAAUCAUUCAGAGUCUUACGAAGUGCUAGAAUUUUUAAUAGACGAUAACGUAUCUCUAGGAUCGAAUGGAAGCAAAGAACAAACUACAAGGUUGAUUAUAAAAGAAGAAAGCCGAGGAGGUGAAACAUUCUGUCGAAUAUGCCAUGAGUUGGAUCAAGAUGAGGCGCUGAUUUCGCCCUGCAAAUGUAAAGGUUCUAUGUCUCUCGUGCAUACCUCCUGCUUGGAGCACUGGCUUGCCGAGAGUGACAGCAGCCACUGUGAAUUGUGUGGAUUCAAGUACAAAACCACACGACGGCCUAAAUAUAGCAUGAUUGGUUCAGUUGUCGCAUGGUUCAAAAGUUCAAGGAGGGACAGAAGGGAAGUAAUCCUUGACAUUUUGGCGACAAUCACCCUCGCACCUAUGGCCGGGAUUGGUACCUACGUUGGACUUCUGAUGGCAGAAGCAUUAAAUAUAGACGACGACGUUCAGAAUGUUACGAUGGGAACAUUAACAGGAAGGGUCGCAGCAUUGAGUGUCAUUUCGCUCAUGACAACUCUUGAUGUCGCCUACGCCACUUGGGCCGCCAUCAGGCUCCAAUGCCAUGUAAAUAGCUGGUAUUCAUGGUAUCGUCGUAACAGUGAAGUCACAUUAAUCAGGACUCCCAAUGAAAUCUCAAAAUGACCACAACAUGAUCAUUAAAUACACCUCCAGGAAUUGAAAAUAG